GCAGUACUAUUUAUAAAGCAUAUUCAUAGAAAUGAAAGGUGUCUGUUUCCUUCUCACUCUUGUUGUUUUGGCUUUGGCAACUUCCAUUGCCACUGCUUAUGAUCCAAGCCCUCUCCAAGACUUUUGUGUGGCUGUUGAUGAACCCCACAAAGCUUGUAAGUUCAUAUUUUUCUUACUUUUAUUUGGAUCUUUAUUAGUAUGUACUUGAUAAUUGACACUAGCAAAACUUAUUUUGGAUCAUCAGUGUUUGUGAAUGGGAAGUUUUGCAAGGAUCCCAAACUUGUCAAGGCUGAUGAUUUCUUCUUUUCUGGCCUCAACACUCCAAGAGACACAAACAACCCAGUUGGAUCUAAUGUAACACAAUUUAAUGUGGACAAGAUUCCUGGACUCAACACUCUUGGAAUAUCAUUGGCUCGCAUUGACUAUGCACCGUAUGGCCAAAACCCACCUCACAUUCACCCUCGUGGCACUGAAAUCCUAAUGGUCGUCAAAGGAACUCUCUAUGUGGGUUUUGUGUCAUCCAACCAAGAUGGAAACCGUCUGUUUACAAAAAUUCUGAAAGAGGGAGAUGUGUUUGUAUUCCCAAUAGGUAUGAUUCACUUCCAGUUUAAUCCAGAACACACUCCAGCAGUUGCCUUUGCCAGUCUCAGUAGCCAAAAUGUAGGAGCGAUCACCAUUGCAAACACUGUGUUUGGAUCAAAUCCCGCCAUCAACCCUGAUAUCCUGGCUAGAGCCUUCCAAGUGGACAAGAAUGUUAUCAACUAUCUCCAGAAACCACACUACAAAAAAACUUGACUUUUAGUCAUAAAAAAAGUUGUGACUAAAGGUUUAAAAUGUUGUGACUAAAAGUUUUAGUCACUAAAAAUUAUUAUCACCACGUUAUUACUAAAAAUUUCAUGGCUAAAAGUUUUAGCCACGCUAAAAAUAUCGUUGUGACUAAAAGUCAUUUUUAGUGACAAUAAUUAUUUGUAACUAAUAGUCAUCACAAUUAAAAUUAUCACUAAUAUUUCUUUAGUGACAACAAAAAAAUAUCACUAAUACUUUUUUAGUGAUAAUUUGUUGUUGUCACUAAUAGCCCUUUAAUCACAAAAAUAAUUCAUGAAUAUAUUUAAUUAAAAUGGAUAAAAUGAUGACCAAUCAAUGCAAUCUUUUACACAACUAGAGAAAAAACCUGAAUAUAAUAGCAAGUAGCUACAUUCAUUUGCAUCAGGAAAGUUACCAUAUUGAUAUACCACUAAUAUCUAAAGUAUAACAGUCAAAUCAAGUAUGAGACUAGUUGAGAAAAGCUAGCAAACAAGCUGAGAAAAUCUAGCCAACAAGCUGAGAGUUCAACCAAAGAUAAUGUCUUUUACUGGGAACCAAAAAAAUAUUAAAAUCCACAAACAUCAAAGCCCAUUAAUAAAAAGAAAAACAGAAUCCAUUGGACUAGUCAUCCUUCUCUUGAGCUUCCU